AUGAACUUACUUGGUUGGAUGCAUCGCAAGUUCUGGGCCAAUGAACCAUUGAAGGAUUUUAGCGUAGGGCAGCCAUCACUGGAUGACCAACAGUACUACCCACAGUCAAAUUUUGGCACUAAAUCCUUAGGCAAAGCACAAAGAGACAACCAUCUGCGAAAAUCAUUUGCCAGCCUAGAAGCAGCAAGAGUAGAAGCGGACGACUUUGAAGAAGAAUCUUCAGUUGCGAUUUCUAAGCUCUUCAAUGGCUUCCUUAACAUAGGUACUCUUGGUUCAGACCCAGUCAUCAUAGACCCAUCAACGCCAACAUUUGCCAUAUUAGUUGAGAACAUAACUGAAAAAGAAACAGAAGUAACAGAGAAUGAACUGAAGCUUAUUAAUGAUGAGUUGGAGAAGGUGCUAGGGACUGAAGGAGACGGUUGCAAUGACUCAUCUGGGGGAAACAGUCAUGUUAGUACUGGAAGAAACAGUUAUGUUAGUAUUGGAAGAAGCAGCCAUGGUAGCACCAUUACACUUAGCGGAAAGCCAUUGAAAGGCACAGAGACCAGUGGGAAUGAAACAACAAUCUAUCCACUCCAGGGCUAUCUAUUUGGAUCAGCAAUUGAGUUGUCAGAAACAACCACAGUGGUAAAGAAGGAACAUAGAACAUCACUUAGAGAGCUGUUUCAGAGGACAAAAAUAGCAGAGGAAAAUUAUGUAGCCAAAAGCAAGAGGGGAGAAAAACGGACAUAA